ACUGGAAGCUUCCUGCAUCGACAGCUGCUCAAAGUUAAAUUUUUACUUUUCUGCUUAUUUCUUCCUGUAAUUGGCGGCUACUGUUUGGGCUCAUUGACAGUUUUUGUGCCACCUUCACCAAGCAACAGCUCCUGACCGGCUGCAUGGUUGCGGACCCUUCGCCAGCUGUAUCAGCACUUCCUUUCACGCUGGGCUGCAGAGCUUGCACUCCAUAGACAAGUAGCUUGUCUGGACUGUCUGCCUUCACUUCUUUGUAAAUGUUGGAUUCCUGAGUAUGUGCAUGAAGCAUGGGUAUAGCAACCUACAAUGACAGCAGAAGAUCCUUUACUCUGACCCUUACCGGAGAUUGCUCGCUCUUCAUGGAUCUGGCCUGAGAAGUUUUCAGCUGAAUAUGUCUGCCUUAAGCACAGUUCAGAUUAAAGAAGCUAAUGCCCACUUGGCAGCAUUACACCACCGAGUGGCAGAGCUGGAGGGCACAAUAAGAGAGCAAGCCGAGAGUCUUAUUCGGAAGGAUGAGCAGUACCAGGCUUCCAUAAGGGACAUGGUUGAGGCCAAAGACAGAGCAAUUGCUGAACUUCAAAAACGGUUAGCACAAUCUGAAGAGGAAAUGCAAAAGUUGAUGUCCGCCAUCAAAGAUAAGGACCGGGAGCUGGAGCGCCUUCGACACCACAGCCGACUUAUGGCCCGGAUGUGUCACAGCCGACCGCUGUUGAAUGCUUUAGUUUCUCUUAUGGCUGAAGCAGAAGGAAUUCCUUGUUUACCUCAUGUGGAGCACUGCAACGGACUCCCGAGCGUUCCAGACUACGCUCAAAGCGAGGAAGACCUCGAAGACUCUGAUGUAGACAGAACACUUUUUGGAACCACUGUAUAAGGAGAAAUAUGUUACUUAUAUGUGCAGGUUCUUUUUUAAGGUUAAGGUAUUUUUCUAUACUUUUAUAUGUUACAAAUUUACAUACAUCUUAUUUACAAGGGUUUUUGAUUAACUAAAUUCAGGUGUUUCUGAUGCCCCAGCACAGUAUUUUAUGAAUCCGUUUUAUGCUGUAAAAACUCAGUCUUGAGAUUUUUAGAUGAUUUGUAGCUCGUGCACAUCAUUACAUUUCCCCAUGUUCCAUAUACCUGACUGGCAUUUUACACACCCGUCUUACGCUAGAGUGUGCUGGCGUAAAAUCCACCAAAUUUAUUUGGAGGUGUAGUAUGCCUCUUAAUAAAUUUGGCGUAUCUAAAUUUGAAUGCUACUGCUCCUAAAUCUAGGCACACGUGUCGUUUCUACACCGCCUUUGCCACUGGAGAGUGGCAGGGGCAGGUUGAGGGCAUGGCAGGGGCUGUGCCAUGGACCCCUGAACAUUUAUUAUAAUUUCCACCAGUUUCCUGCCAUAAAUAGAGAUUGAAAUUUCAAUCUAGGCGCACGGAGUGCUGGAGGAUGCCCCUAAUUUAUAACGAGGCCUACACUUCACCAUAAAUUACACGCAUCCUCUGGAGGUGAAGGGGAUAUCAAAGGCUGGCGUAAAACUCUGGUCUUUGAUAAAUGACCUCCAAUGUGUAUUUGCAGAGGAGUCCAUGGCAGAAAUCCGAAACUGACCCUUUGUAGCACGUCCUGCUGCAGAUCCGUCCUGUUUAGUCAGGCCUAAUCUGUAUGAGGACAGCCUCCAUAGUUUCUGCG